GCGUCGCCUGCCCCUCUAUUUAAUGAGUGAGAGAGCGGAGAGAGACAGAGUGAGAGCGAUGAAGGCGGUGGUGCUGCUGGACUUCUGGGCGAGCCCGUUCGGGCAGCGGUGCCGGAUCGCGCUGGCGGAGAAGGGAGUGGAGUACGAGUACAGCGAGGAGAACAUCAGGGGGGACAAGAGCCCCCUGCUGCUCGAGUCCAACCCCGUGUACAAGAAGAUCCCCGUCCUCAUCCACGACGGCAAGCCUGUGUGCGAGUCCCUGAUCAUCGUCCUGUACAUUGACGAGGCGUGGCCCGACCGCGCGCCGCUGCUUCCUGCCGACCACUACGCCCGCGCCCAGGCCCGCUUCUGGGCCGACUUCGUCGACAAGAAGGUCUGUGAAUCUGCAUUGAAUCUGUGGAAGCUUAAGGGCGAGGCCCAGGAGGCGGCCAAGGAGGACUUCAUCGAGAUCCUGAGGCUCCUGGAGUGCGAGCUGGGGGACAAGAAGUACUUCGGCGGCGACGUCUUCGGCUUCGUUGACAUCGUGCUCGUCCCCUUCACGACCUGGUUCUACAGCUGCGAGACCUACGCCGGGUUCAGCGUCGAGGAGGCCGUCCCCAAGCUGGUGGCGUGGAGCAAGCGGUGCCUGGAGAGGGAAAGUGUCGCCAACUCCCUUUACGACCCCGUCAAAAUCUAUGAGUAUGUCAAGACGAUAUUUGGAUAGUGAAUAAAGUCCCCAUAUAUAUAUAUAUAUAUAUAUAUAUAUAUAUAUAUAUAUAUAUAUAUAUAUAUAUAUAUAUAUAUAUAUAUAUAUAUAUAUAUAUAUAUAUAUAUAUAUAUAUAUAUAGUUUCUAUAUAUGGUUUCUCGAUCCGAUCCACAAGUUAAUAAUUCGAGGUUCCCAAAUAUAGAAUUAAGUUUGUGAUUGCUUUCUUUAUCAUAAUGAAUGAGAAUGAAGUUUAUGUUUACCUA